AUGGAACAAAUAGCUACUAGAUCGCGGUUAUUGGAUCGCAAUGACCCGGAAGAGCUUCUAACACGAAAGAUGGAGUUGUCCACUCAGCCCAGAAAGGAGGCAGAUGCGUGGAGAGAUGUCACUCAGAAGCCUGUUGUUGCCAGGACUGAAUUGGAAAUAUAUUCUGACUCCGAUACCGAGCACGACAAAUCAUACUUUCUCAAAGCGGUUAGGGCCACUAAUGAGAUGCACAACGCCGCCAAAGCCGCCAAAGCCACAUCAGCUGCAAACAAAGAGAACACUGAGAUCAACAACAAAGACUACUCGUACAAAGCGCCGUUUUCAACAUCCACACCUGCAAUUUCGAAAAGCUCUUUUGUGGUCUUUAGUGAGAGGAAUUUAAAUCAAAAUGGAAACUCUUCUUUGAGGAAAUUAACUCAGACCAGCGAAUGUACUCCUAUACAUACAGAUUCUCAAGCAGCGAUAUCGCAACCAAAACAACACGAAGAUAUCUCUCUGUCCUCGCUCAUGGAAUCACUGAGAAGCCAAUCGACUAAUCCAGACGAGUCUCCGGGGAUAGCUAGCGAUAAUGUUCAAAUCGAUGAAGACGACGAUGCGGAUGUUGAUUCUUCCCCAUCUCUUCCUAGACGGAUCAGAUCAACCACGCGAAGACAGGUGGAAAGUCGUGGUCUGGAUCAUCACAAUGAAUUGAAAGACGAACUUUCAGACGCUUACUCAAAAAUCCGGUUGCUUGAAGCAAGGGUUGGCGAACUGGAAACAACCGCAUACAGGCGAGACAGAGAUUUGGGGAAUGCACAAUUCAAAUUGGAGCGUGAUGAGGUUGAGAUACAUGAACUCAAAAACCAUAUAAGUGAACAAGAUAACGAUAUUAAAGCGUUGAGGGAUGAGCAUCUGGAGUUGAAAAGGCAGGGCAAGGUUAUGGCUAUGUCGACAGGUGAACACGAUUCGUUGAAACUAAAGCUGGAAGAGUCGGAGAAGGAGUUGGAGGAGCUUAGAGAAAAGUUGCGGAAGGCUGAUAAAGUCGCACAGGCGAGCGAAGAUCUUUUGAAGCAGAUCGGAUCCCUCCAGAAGGAAAAUGAACGUUUGGCCUCCAAAAUAGGAACCAUAAAACCCACGCCACAGUCGGGAGACGAAGCUCUCGAUAUUGCUUCAAUCGAGUCUUUCACCCUCGCUGAUUGUUAUGAAAUCAUCAGUUACAUCGUCAGACAGCAGGAAGUAUCCAUUGGUGAACUGCUGCCCUGGUUGGGGUACCAGAAGGAGUCACUCAAGUGCCACGGCAACUUCGCCAAUAAGACCCAUCUUCUCUACUAUUCCGAGCCAAGAAGGGCCGACUUAGGCUCUUCGAAGGAAAUCCAGAAGCUGCUUCGUGAGGGCGCAAAUCCAGACCGUUUGAUAGCAGACUUGGUUCAGUGUUUGACGGACAUGUUGAAGUAUUCAAAAGAUCACAUGGUGUGUUAA